GCACGUUUAAGCUGACUCUGCAGUUUACAGAAGAUUAUCCUAACAAACCACCAACAGUCAGGUUUGUCUCGCGGAUGUUCCACCCAAACAUCUAUGCAGAUGGAAGCAUCUGUUUGGAUAUUUUACAAAACCAGUGGAGCCCCAUUUAUGAUGUUGCUGCAAUUCUGACUUCUAUUCAGUCGCUCCUCUGUGACCCAAACCCAAACUCUCCUGCGAACUCAGAGGCGGCUCGAAUGUUCAGCGAGAACAAGCGUGAAUACAACCGCAAAGUUCGCGAGAUUGUGGAGCAGAGCUGGACGGCCGAUUAAAGCGCUGCUAGAAGUACCUACAAGUAUCUUUGCUAUGCAUAAAAGGUGCAUAAAGUGAUGCGUAUGUUCAAUCGAGUGUUUCUAUUGAGCAUUCAUAAACUUAGCACCAAUCGAGGGUGGUUUAUCCUGUUUUUAUGUGCUCGAUUCUCCGUCAUGUUUGUUAUCGCCUAUGCUCUGGAUCAGAUUAGUUCUUAUGUAAAUUUAUAUCCAAACAUCGCAUCGGUGAGAUAUGUAUUAGAAACUGGGAAAAGAAACUCUCUUUUAAGAGUGAUGGUAGCUAGUAUUGUUGUAUAUGCCCGACGGUUUAAAUGCACUGCGGAUUGUUGUCGGUAGCCUAAAAUGGAUGUUGCUUCUGUUUAUUUA